ACACUAAGAACAAAACGAGUGAAAUAUGGACAAACCCACAAGCCGUGAUGAUGAGUCCAACCUUCCGAUGAUGCUCCGGUUCGUGACAAGUCCCGAUGAUCGAGUUUACCACCUUCCGAUGGCGAUUUUGAAGCCUUCUACCUUGGACUACCAUACCAACAAAGGCCAUGAUGAUACCAAACGAAAAUUCUCAAUGUAUUUCUAUCUUCCUGACAAGAAUGAUGGAUUGGAUAGUCUUUUGAAGGAAAUGGUAUCUACUCCUGGAUUUGUAGAUAGUCACAUUCCGAGAUACCGAGUUGAAGUGGCUGAUUUCAGAAUUCCAAAGUUUAACAUCUCUUUCAUGUUUUCCACUUUGGAUUUUCCUGAACUUGAUUCAUUGUCGUUGUACCAUAAAGCUUGUGUCAAGAUCGAUGAAGACGGCGCUGAAGCUGCGGCUGUUACUUUUGGAAUGAUGGAAACAGGCACUGGUUUUCAUAUGGAGAAGAGGAUAGAUUUUGUGGCAGAUCAUCCAUUUCUUUUCUUGAUUAGAGAAGACAAAACCGGAACCAUUUUGUUCCUUGGUCAAAUCUUCGAUCCUUCGAGAAAAUCGAAUUAGGUUAGGUCCUCUGGUAGUUUUGUGAGUUGAAACGAGAUUGGUUCUGGUUAGUUCUGUUAAGAAGGUUUGGUUCGAUCAUUUUUGAUUCUUCGGUUGGCUUUGAUCGUUUCUGUUAUGAAUUUUUGAUCAAUAAAAACGUGAUAUUGAU